UCCUGCUCCUGCAGGCAGCAGCCCCGCUGCCGGCGGCUCUGCGGGGGUCGCAGGGCAGGACUCAUUUAAGAGCAUCCUCCGAGGCGCUGGAUCCACCUCUCGCUCGCCGGGCUCCCGGCUUUCGGCCCUUCACUGAGCAGCUGCAAGAGGCAACAUCAGACCCGGGGCAGCUCCUCCCCUGGACUCUCCAUCAGCUCCUGGCUUGACCUCCCCGCCCCGGCUCAUUUGGGGGGCGGGGGCUAGAGGACCCAGCAAUCCCCAUCGUCAAGGCUCCGAGAGUGAAGGAAGAGCCUGAAUCCCAAGUGGGCUUUGCCGGGGGCCCCGAUGGCACCGGGACUGUUACUGAGUCACGGGAGGUGAGAUCCCUGCCUCUCCGCCCCCUCCAGCCCAGCCGAAGCCCCUCGCCUAUUUCCAGGGGGAGCCACUUGAGUCUCCAGCGGCUGCUGCUGAAACUGACCAGCCCGCCAGCUUCUGCCCUCGCAGCAGCAACUCAACAUUCUGCCCUUUGAAGGAUUUUUCUUUCCUUUUUGUUGGCAAAGAUGAAGAAAAAAUGGAGAUUGGAGGACUUUCGAUUUAUCUUUUCCUGUGUGCUCUGGCUCCUUUUCAUAGAUGGAAGUAAAUCGGAACAAAUAAAACAUUCAGAGACAUACUGUGUCUUUCAAGAUAAGAAGUACCGUGUAGGAGAAAGAUGGCAUCCCUACCUAGAACCCUAUGGACUCGUUUAUUGUGUUAACUGUCUUUGCUCAGAGAAUGGGAACGUAUUAUGCAGCAGAAUAAGAUGUCCAAGCCUACACUGCCCUACCCCAGUGCACGUGCCACAGCUGUGCUGCCCACGAUGCCCAGAAGAUUCACUUUUCUCCAUAAGCAGUAAAGUCACUGGGAAAUCGUGUGAAUACAAUGGCACCACCUACCACCACGGGGAAAUGUUUGUGGCAGAAGGGCUUUUUCAGAAUAGACAACCCAACCAGUGUGCUCAGUGCAGCUGCUCAGAAGGGAACGUGUAUUGUGGCCUGAAGACUUGCCCUAAAUUAACAUGCUCUUUCCCAGUUUCUGUUCCGGAGUCCUGCUGCCCAGUUUGCAGAGGAGAUGGAGAAUUAUCAUGGGAACAUUCUGAUGGGGAUAUCUUCCGGCAACCUGCCAACAGAGAAGCUAGGCAUUCAUACCAUCGCUCCCAUUACGACCUGUCCCCCAGCUCCACUAGACAGGUGGUCAACAUUCCAAGAUUUUCCAGUGGCAGGAGUAACCGUGGAGUCCUACCUGACCCCCAGCAAGCUUCAGGAACUAUAGUACAGAUCGUCAUUAACAACAAGCAUAAGCACGGACGAGUCUGUGUUUCAAAUGGAAAAACAUACUCGCAUGGUGAAUCGUGGCAUCCUAAUCUCCGGGCCUUCGGAAUCGUAGAGUGUGUGUUGUGUACCUGCAACAUCACCAAACAAGAAUGUAAGAAAAUUCAUUGUCCGGAUCAAUAUCCCUGCAAAUCCCCUCAGAAAAUAGAAGGAAAAUGCUGUAAAGUCUGUCCAGAAGAGAUGCCAAGUCAGAGCUUUGACAGCAAAGAUUACUUUUGUGGUGAAGAGAUGCUUCCUGUCUAUGAAUCUGUUUUCACGGAGGAAGGAGAAACCAUUAGAAAAAUCGCAGUGGAAACAGAAAAGCCACCUCAAAUAGAAAUACACGUGUGGACCAUUAGGAAAGGGAUUCUACGUCACUUCCACACUGAGACGAUAUCCAAAAGCGAAUUUGAAGAACUUCCCUACUUCAAGCAGAUAACAAGGACAACACUGAGCCAGUGGAAAAUAUUUAGCGAGGGAGAAGCUCAGAUCAGCCAAAUGUGUGAAAGCAGAGCGUGCAGGACUGAGCUGGAGGAUUUGGUAAAGGUUUUGUACCUUGAAAAGUCUGAAAAGGGUCACUGUUAAGGGAGACAGCACUGGAGGGAGAAAACAAGAAAACUUAUGAAAACGUGGAUCUGCAGCUGGACUGCAGGCUUAUUUUGCUUAAGUCAACAGUUGCCCUAAAAACCAAAACUAUAAUGCAGUAAUUAUUCACAUCAUGCACAGCAAACUUGCUGCUUUAUGUGUAGUGGUUUGUGUCAACCAUUUAAAUAUCUCCUAGGAGGCUCUGU